AAACGGUUUUAUCAGCAUCCUCCACGGACUUCCUCACCUCCUCCCCAGCCUCGUUAGCCCCAAGGUCCUUAGCAUCCUCCAGCAGAAACCUGUGACGCUGGGAUGGGGUCAGCGCCCUAAAGCCAGCCCCUUCUCUUUUGCCAAGACCUGCCUCUGCGCAGCCCUAAGUGGGUGCAGCUGGAAUCCUGAGCCUACGAUGGAGCCUCGGCUGGGGCCCAGAGCUGCCGCCCUCCACCUGGGCUGGCCGUUCUUGCUGCUGUGGGUCUCCGGCCUGAGCUGCUCUGUCUCCUCACCGGCUUCUCCCUCUCCUUCUCCGGUAUCCCGAGUCCGAAUGAGCUACAAUUUGGGAAAGACUUUCCUCGGUCUUGAUAAAUGUAACGCCUGCAUCGGGACAUCUAUUUGCAAGAAGUUCUUUAAAGAAGAAAUAAGGUUUGACAACGGGCUGGCCUUACACCUCGGACCACCUCCUGACGACUUGCCUUCUUACUCUGCAAAUUACUCAGAUGAUUUCAAAACCUGGCGCCCAGUGGAGAUCUCAAGGCUGGUCAGCAAACAGCAAAACAAGAUCUCAGACGGGAGGAUCUGUGCCUCCGCAGCUGCCCCCAAGACCUGCAGUAUUGAGCGUGUCCUGCGGAAAACAGGGAGGUUCCAGAAAUGGCUGCAGGCCAAGCGACUCACACCAGACCUGGUGCGGGGCCUGUCCAGCCCUCUGUUGCGCUGCCCCUCACAGCGACUCCUGGAUCGUGUGGUCCGGCGCUAUGCAGAGGUGGCUGACGCUGGCAGCAUCUUCAUGGACCACUUCACGGACCGGGACAAGCUGCGUCUCCUCUACACGCUAGCUGUCAACACGCAUCCUGUCCUUCUACAGAUCUUCCCGGGUGCUGAGGGUUGGCCUCUUCCCAAGUACCUGGGCUCCUGUGGUAGAUUUCUGGUCAGUACCAGUACCAGUCCGCUGCAGGAAUUCUAUGGUGCGCUGCCAGACCAGGCGGCCGACCUGGCCUACCAGCUCCUGGGUGUCCUGGAAUCUCUGAGGAGCAAUGAUUUGAACUACUUCUUCUACUUCACCCACGUGGAUGCAGGCAUGUUUGGCAUCUUCAACAACGGGCAUCUGUUCAUCCGGGAUGCCAGUGCGCUGGGCGUGAUCGACAGGCAGGAAGGCAGCCAAGCAGCCUCCGGCACAGGAGACAAUAAAGACAUCUUCAGCUGCCUGGUCUCUGGCUGCCAGACCGAGCUGCCCUCCUGUGACACCAUCCCUGAGAAGCAGAACCUGGUGCUGGUGUGCAGCCAGGUGUUGCCCCUGCUUCUCCAGGCCAAGUUCCCAUCCCCAGUGCAGGAGGAGAUUGACGCCGAGCUCACUCGCUGCGCAGACGGAACCCGGCCAGACCCGGAGGUCCUCGGGGCUGCCAGCCGGCUGAAGGACAUCUUGAGACCCCUGAGAACCUGUGACCCCAGAUUCGCCUACCGCUACCCAGACUGCAAGUAUAAUGAUAAGUUCUGAGGGGCUGGAGCCUUGCCGACCCACAUCCUCAGAACUUCCACUGCCCACUCAGCUCACUGCAUGGUUGAAAGAAGCUGCUCCCUUUUAGCCAUUGGGAGAAAGGCACUUUGGUGUCCCAGAGACAGAGGAACAUGCCAACCACCAGAGGACAGUUGGGCCAGAGGGCGGCGUGACUGCUACCUGUCCCCUCUACCCCUAGCUGGGACAUCAUGGAAGAGCCCAGGGUUGGGCAUUGGAAGACCCGGGUGUGGACACUCACUCAGCCUCUUUGAGCCUCAAUUUUCUUUCUUCUCCACCAGACUCUUGAGUUAGUGAAAAAUGCCAGAGAUGUGAAGGGCCCAGGACACACACUUCCUCCUCCCAACCCAGUUGGUUACAAAGAAUGUUCCAGAAGCACGCACGCACAGGCAGGGUAAAUGAGACAGAGCCAUGGAGGUCAAAAGAGUGACAUGGAAGAAAGACUUGGCCCCAGUGCUAGCCCUCCUGCCACACUCCCCAUACUGCCAUGGGGUGAGGAGACUGAAGGCCAAGGGGACAUGGGGACAGGAGGCACUUAAUGGCGUGGGAAGGAGGCAGGGGUAAGAAGAGAAGAGUGCUGGGCUGGGGGCCAACAUGUUUGUCCACAUCCUCUGAGAACCAGAUGUCAAGACAGGAUUAAGUGGGCAAGGAUUGUAUUGAGGAAGAUGGCUGUGUGGGAGGAAAGGAGGGGGCAGCCAAAGACCAUGGGGAGAACCAUAAGGCCAGGCUGGAAGGCUGACGCCCCCUCCCCUGAGUGAAGGCAAGAAGAUCAGAUGAGAGCAUCCCAGACUCCCCUCUGCUCAACCAAAAUAAGAUUCAGCAGGGCUGUCAGGGUGUCCUUGAGGUAAAGCCAGUCAUCAGAGGAACUUCCCAAGGAUGGACGGCCCUUAUAUUCCCGCUGCAGGGAACAGCCCAUGGGAAGCGUGGCCUUAGCCCAACCACAAAGAUGGAUUUCAAAGCACAGCGCAGGGCACUUAGCCAGUUGAGCUCCCUGGAGCAGGAGGUCUGUGAGUAGAACAUUCUUCGUAGCCAUAGCCAGGGACCAGGGCCAGGUCUCUCUAUAUAACUUCCUCCAGGGCAGGACUCUAAGGAGUCUGAGAAUUUUCAUUCAAACUUGGCCUUAUGGGUCAUUCUAAAAAAACUUUUUCAAGGUCAGCCAACAGAAUAUAUUUUAUUCAACAGCUUGCGUGUUUUCAUACCUUUCAAAUGAUUAGCCAUGUGGUAUGUCAGUUUCCAUGUAUCCUCUUGCCCAGGCUGCAAACAUUAAUGGGAGUUCCUUGGACUUUUGCCCAGUCUCCCUGCCUGCCCUCUACCCUCAGAGACCUCUCAGUUGGCCUCCUCUUUUGGGCUUCCCUGGUGGCUCAGACGAUAAAGCACCCGCCCGCAAUGUGGGAGACCCAGGUUCAAUCCCUGGGUUGGGAAGAUCCCCUGGAGAAGGAAAUGGCAACCCACUCCAGUAUUCUUGCCUGGAGAAUCCCAUGGACAGAGGACUCUGAUAGGCUACAGUCCAUGGGGUCGCAAAGAGUUGGACAUGACUGAGUGACUUCACUUUCACUUUUCUACCUCUGAGUCACCACCUUUAAGAUAAAAUGCCUGGCGUAAUAGGCUUCAUGCAGCAGAUGUGGAAACUGAGGCCCAGGGAGGCAGAGUGACUUGCCAGGAUAGUUUCAGAACUCCAGCAACCAGUCCAGGCUGCUUUUGCCUUCCUUUUCAGCCUUGUGUGUGGAUGCUAAGUUGCUUCUGUCAUGUCUGACUCUUUGCAAGCCUAUGGGCUGUAUCCCGCCAGACUCCUCCAUCCAUGGGAUUCUCCAGGCAAGAAUGCUGGAGUGGGUUGCCAUUUCCUUCUCCAGGGGAUCUUCCUAACCCAGGGAUUGAACCCAAGUCUCUUAGUCUUCUGCAUUGGCAGGCAGGUCCUUUACCACUAGCGCCACCUGGGAAGUCCCCUUCAGCCUCUGUCCUGCCCAACUUUGGUCCCUUUGUUGACAUUUACAGAUGAGCCAAGGAAAGUCAUAUUUUGUUGCACACUACAAUGCAGUUGGGGGUCUCCCUUUUGACUACCUCUGGGGCAACCAUGACAAUGAGGAUGCUAAGACAAGCUUUUGGAAGGGCAGGUUUGGGCUGCCUGAGAAUUUCUGAGACAGUUACUUCCUGGCUUGGUCUGGAGGGUGAUUGAUCACCUUUCCCAACACCUUGCUUUUUUAGCCCAGUGAAACUGAUCUUAAACUUCUGGUUUUCAGAACUCUCAGAGGAUACAUUUCUAUUGUUUUAAGCCAUCCACUUUGGAAUAAUUGUUAUAGCAGCCACAGGAGACAAACACAUAUCUUGAACUCAUCUUAAUGUCUGCUUGCAGAGAACUGAACUUGCAAUACUCCUCAAUUCCAGUCUAUUCUGAUGGAUUCAAAAGCCAGACCCACCAGGAGGGAGUUAUUUUGUGUCCAUAUCCAGGUCUGAGGCUUGGACCAUUCUGUUCCUCCACUUACUAAGCCCCAGGCAUCUUAACUAGACCUGAGUCCUACCUGGACCCUAAGCUUUUCCUGACAGCCCAGUCCCCAUCAAGCCCUUUCUGAAUCCCUCCUCUGUACCCAUGAACCCCAAGUCUGUGCCCAUAUGAGGCUAAUCCCAAGGGUAUUCCAGAGAGAUAUAUGCCCCUCCUUCCCAUCCAGCUGGGCAGCCCUUGAAGGUGGCAGUGGCACAGAGCUCUUUGUGUUCCCUGUCACAACCAGCACCAGGCUGAGCACAGAGCAAGUGCUCAGAAAAUGUUCUUGCUAAGAAUAAUGACUAUGUUUUUCAACCCUUUUUGUUUGGUGUUUUUCGUAUACCAUGUGCUCUAAACUGAUUAUUUGUGUUCCCCUCCAAAAUUCAUAGGUUGAGAUCUUAACUCCCAAUGUGAUGGUAUUUGGGAGUAGAGUUUUGGGGAGUUAACUAUUAAUGGGUCAUGAGGGUGGAGCCUUCAUGAAUGGGGUGAGUGCCCUUAUAAAUGAGACCCUAGAGAGCUCCAUCACCAAGAAGCUUGUUCUCAGCAAACAUCAAAUCUGCUAGUGCCAUGAUCUUGGACUUCCUAGCCACCGGAACUGUGAGAAACAAUUAUUGGUUAUAAACCACUCAGUCUGUGGUAUUGUUAUAGCAGCCAGAACAGACAAAGACAGCAUGCUGGACAUAUACAGGAUAUAGCCACUUCCUCAAGAACAGUUCUUUCCCCUCAACAGCCAGGAGACAAGUGAGUCAACACUCUAGAGACUUCAGUCAGAAUAAAAUCAUUGUAGUGGAAUCUGAUUGGAGACAAUAGAGUAUUUUUCUGGGUUUCAUCAGCCACUGUCUUUUUGCCUGAAGCUACGUAAUUUGUGGGGCCCAGUGCAAAAUGGAAACAUGGGGCCUCCUGUCAUUGAGAAAUGCAAGAUGGCACCAGCAGAGCAUUAAACUAAGUGCAGGUCCUGUGUAACUCGAUGUUGCCUGCCCACGCAGCCAGCUCUGAGUGCCUGAGAAUGCUGAUUAACCUCUGUGUGGUGGGUUCUUGGGAUUUACUGGGGUCUCACUUGACCUCCACAACCAAAGGGAGUAUCUGUGGAACCAGAGGUGAUAUAAAAUAUUUAGUAACCAUCAUGGCAAAGUGAGAGUGUUAGUCGCUCAGUCGAGUACCCAUGGCCUAUAGCCCACCAGGCUCCUCUGUGCAUGGGAUUCUCCAGGCAAGAAUCCUGAAGUGAGCUGCCAGACAGUGUGACAGGGGCCAUUUUUCUUCCCUCCCACUCUCCAGACUCUGGGUUGAUCUUGAAAGGCAGCUGGGAAGCCAAUACGCUCGCAUCCCCAGACUGGCCCUCCACCAGGCUCAGGAGGGAAUCCUCCUCAAGCAGGUAAUUUGGGGGGCCUUGGGAAGUCCAUCCAUGCUCAGGAAAUUCUAGUACCCUCUUGGCCCAUUGAAAGCUCCUGGAUCACAGUCUAUGCAUGGUGUUAUGGCUUUUCUGCCCACUUCGGGCCUGUUAUCCACAAAUAUUGGCACAGCUGAGCUCACAUGCACACAAGUAUACUCUGGUCUGUCCACAGCAACUUUGUGUCAUUGUUUAAGAGUGGUUGUGACUGUGGGUUGUGAGGGAUGGUUAACACCCAGGCAGGGGGCCCCAAAUGUGCAGAUAUAAUGACCCUCCAAGAAGGCAACUUAGAGGAAUAGGCCAGCAAAGGGGAACUGAGCAACCAGGGGCCCACCUAUUGGAGCUCAUCGUAGAAGCAGACAAGGAGAGGGAGAAGCCCCAGCCCACUAGGGCGAUCAGGGCAUCAUCUCAGGCCUGAGCUGCCUGUGGAGGCAGUGUGGCCCUGCAGACAGAGUGGCAGUUCUGGAAGCUGAGUCAUCUGCCUUCAGAUCUUGUACCAGCCCCUCUCACAAAACUCAGUGCCUCAAAGUUAUUGAUUGCAGCAUUGUUCAUAAUUGCAAAUAUCGAAAACAAUUUCAAUGCCACAGGAGAGUGAUUGAAUACGCUGCAGCACACAUCCACACAAAGGAGUUCUAUGCAGCUCUACAAAUGAAUAAGGAAGAUCUCUAGGAACUGAUAUGGAGUGAUUUGCAAGCUAUACUAUGAAGCGGGAAAAAAAAAGCACAGAGGUGUGUUUAUAGAAUGCUACUUUUCAUGUAAGAAAAAAGAUACAAGAAAACAUUUAUGCAUCUGCUCAUCUGUGAUGCAAAAAAAGAUAUAUAUAUAUAUAUAUACACAGACACACACACACACGUGUGUGUGUGUGUGUGUGUCUGUGGGUGUGUAGCUAUAUAAAGAAUAAACCAGAAGCUAAUGAGAUUGGUUCCCUACAGGGAAUGGAUGUCAAUGGAGUGGAAAGAAGAGAGGAAUGGGAGUGAGCCGAAGGGAUGAAGAGGGAGUGAAACUUUUCUGAGUGUACCUUUUUUUUUAGAAUCAUGAGAAUACCUCACACAAUCCACAAAUAAAGAAUCAAGAUCAGCCAGGAUGUGGGUUGAACUAAAAUGAAAUACAAAGAAUAACAAAUGGACACAACUGUAUUGAAAAAAAAAAAAAGAAUAAAAUAACUACACAGAGAAACUAACC